AUUGAUUCUUGGUAGCCGGUCAAAUGGGUGAACGUUGGCCAAGUCCUGAGCUGAGCACGUGUGUAUUAUAUGCUUCCGAGGACAAGAGAGGGGUUCUUGAGCGUUUGGCCCUGGCCUGGUCUGGGAUGGAUGGUGUUGGUAUAUAAUGUGGCUUGGACCCGAAGCAAAGGGAUUGUCUUUUGCUUGUGAUUUGGACUAGAGGUGCUAGCUGAGUCAUAUGAACCCUAUCCAAAGCUAACUUUUCUGCUGUUCUCCUCAUUCUUCCUUACUUCUUCUCCACUUUGCACAUUUUCCAACAGUAGAUCUGGUUGGGUCUGUAUACACAUUUAAAACUAGUUGUUUAUUCGAUUCCACAUUCCUCCAAUCCCACCGCAAUCAUGGCUACCAACAAGAUGGCCAAUUUCGCUGUCGAUCCUAACAAGGAAGAACAGAUCUUUUUGGAUGAGGUGGCUGCUGUUAAGAAGUGGUGGAGUGACCCGAGAUGGAGAUACACUAAGAGAUCCUUCACUGCUGAGCAGAUUGUGGCCAAGAGGGGAAACUUGAAGAUUGAGUAUCCAAGUAACACCCAAUCAAAGAAGCUAUGGCGUAUUUUGGAGGGCAGAUUCAAGGUAAAUUUCACUUACGCUCUGAGCGAAAUGCAAUGGAAUUGUGCUAAUAUGUUAUCUCCUCAGAACGGUGAAGCGAGUUACACAUAUGGAUGUCUUGAACCUACGAUGUUGACCCAAAUGGCAAAGUACCUCGAUACCGUCUAUGUUUCUGGCUGGCAAUCAUCAUCUACAGCUUCAGCCUCAGAUGAGCCAGGUCCAGAUUUGGCCGAUUACCCAUACGUUCGUAAAUUCUUCCCUCGUGGCAAUUCGAAACUAACAGAAGUUUCAGACGACCGUCCCCAACAAAGUUGCCCACCUAUUCAUGGCACAACUCUUCCACGACAGAAAACAACGCGAAGAACGAAUCUCUACAAAGUCGAAAGCUGAGCGUUCCAAGCUCCAAAACAUCGAUUAUCUCCGACCCAUCAUCGCAGAUGCUGAUACCGGUCAUGGUGGUCUCACCGCCGUCAUGAAGUUGACCAAGCUGUUCGUCGAAAAGGGAGCAGCAGGAAUCCAUAUCGAAGAUCAGGCCCCAGGAACGAAGAAAUGUGGUCAUAUGGCUGGAAAGGUCUUGGUUCCAAUUAGUGAACAUAUCAACCGAUUGGUUGCUAUCAGAGCUCAAGCUGAUAUCAUGGGUUUGUCUACACCCUUUUGUAAUGUGAGAAAGAAUUGCUAAUGGAUUUUCCCUAGGAUCCGAUCUCCUUGCUGUUGCAAGAACAGAUGCCGAAGCAGCAACCCUCAUCACCACAACCAUCGACCCCCGCGACCACGCCUACAUCAUCGGCAGCACAAACCCCAACCUUCAACCACUCAACGACCUCAUGGUAGCCGCCGAGCGAGCCGGGAAAUCCGGCGACGAGCUUCAAGCCAUCGAAGACUCAUGGACCGCCCAAGCUGGUCUGAAGCUCUUCAACGACGCCGUCGUCUCCACCAUCAACGCCGGACCCUCCCCCAACAAGAAGGAGCUGAUCUCCAAGUUCCUCGCUGCGGUAAAGGGGAAGAGCCAUGCCGAAGCCCGAGCCAUUGCUAAGGGCGUCAUCGGUGUCGAUAUCUUCUGGGAUUGGGAUGCUCCCCGUACCCGAGAAGGGUACUACCGAUUACAGGGCGGCUGCGAAUGUGCCAUCAACCGCGCGGUUGCGUAUGCCCCCUACGCGGACGCGAUCUGGAUGGAGAGUAAAUUGCCGGAUUACAAGCAAGCCGAGCAGUUUGCUCAAGGAGUUCACGCCGUGUAUCCCGAGCAAAAGUACGUUUCCCCCCUUCCCAUUCCCCUCUUCUCCUUCCUCCACUCCCCCUUUCUCGCUUACCACCCCACCUCACCACCNGUUCACGCCGUGUAUCCCGAGCAAAAGUACGUUUCCCCCCUUCCCAUUCCCCUCUUCUCCUUCCUCCACUCCCCCUUUCUCGCUUACCACCCCACCUCACCACCCCACCUCACCCCCUCGCUAACACCACCCGCAAAAACAGACUAGCCUACAACCUCUCGCCCUCCUUCAACUGGAAAUCCGCCAUGCCGCGGGCCGAGCAAGAAACUUACAUCCAGCGCCUCAGCAAGCUGGGCUACUGCUGGCAAUUCAUCACCCUGGCGGGUCUGCACACCACGGCGCUGAUCUCGGACCAGUUCGCCCGCGCGUACAGCCAGCAGGGGAUGCGUGCGUAUGGGGAGCUUGUCCAGGAGCCCGAGAUGGAUAGUGGGGUGGAUGUGGUGAAGCAUCAGAAGUGGAGUGGGGCGAAUUAUGCGGAUGAGUUGUUGAAGAUGGUUUCUGGGGGCAUUAGUAGUACGAGUGCGAUGGGGAAGGGGGUUACGGAGGAUCAGUUUCAUUAGUGGUGUGUGG